AGCUUCAUAUGUCAUAUGUCAACUGUUUUGAACUUGAAAAAAGUGAAUAAUAUUGUGAAUUACAGUUAUAUAUCGUGAUAUUGUGACAAAAGACAUUGCAUUCGAAACUUUUCUCAACAUUACGUUGCGUCCGGCCACUCAUUUAGCCCUGUAUUUUGUUUUAAAUUAACUUAACCUCACAUAACCUCAUAAUGUCAGUGGUGAUCGAGACCACUUUAGGGGACAUAACCGUCGAUUUGUACAUCAAGCGUCGACCCCGAGCAUGCCUCAACUUCCUCAAACUGUGCAAAAUCAAAUACUACAACUACAGCCUUUUUCACACCGUGAGUCGCGGUUUCAUUGCCCAAACCGGUGACCCCACCGGUAGCCGCACUGGUGGUGAAUCAAUCUUCGGAGUGUUUGAAGGCCCCCAUAAACGUUUUUUUGAACCAGAGUCAAACCCGCGUAUCAAACAUACAACCAUGGGUUUGAUUUCGUUUGUUGGUAAUGAAGACAACAUGAUCGGUUCUCAGUUUUUUUUCACACUGGGGACCGAACUGACGUACUUGGAUGAAAAACAUUGUGUUUUUGGGGAAGUCGUCGAAGGGUUGGAUGUAUUGGAGAUAAUGAAUGAGGCGAUUUGUGAUAAUGACGAUAGACCGUAUCAGGAUAUCAGAAUUACACAUACUGUUAUUUUGGAUGACCCAUUUCCGGAUGGAGACAGGUUGAGGGUCCCCUCGAGGUCACCCUCACCGAGUGCAGAGCGAUUGAAAGGGGGCCGGAUAGCCCCUGAUGAAGAAAUCGAUGAAACGGCAGGCAAGACAGCACAGGAAAUUAGCGAAAUGUUAGCGGAGCGCGAGGCGAAAGCAAGGGCGACGAUUCUAGAAAUGGUGGGGGAUAUCCCGGAUGCGGAGAUGGCCCCCCCAGAAAAUGUUCUCUUCGUUUGUAAAUUAAAUCCAGUGACGAGCGAUGACGAUCUUGAAAUUAUUUUUAGUCGAUUUGGGAAAAUUAAAUCUUGUGAAGUGAUCAGAGAUCGGAAGACUGGAGAUUCACUACAAUAUGCUUUCGUCGAAUUUGAAGAUAAAAAGUCCUGCGAAGAUGCAUAUUUUAAGAUGGAUAAUGUCCUCAUUGACGAUAGGAGGAUUCAUGUUGAUUUCAGUCAGUCGGUGUCAAAAAUUAAGUGGUUGGGCAAAGGAAGAGGCGUUAGGAAUUUGGGCGAAAAAGACCAGGAUUUGGGCAAGGGUCACUAUCAGAAAAAUGGGGAGAAAAAAGACAAGGAGAGGAGACCAGAAAAACGAAAUGAUGAUAGAAGACAUAAGUCUGACGAGCGGAGAAAAGACUACCGAGACAGGAGACAUGACGAUAGAAGAGAUAGAUAUUAUGACAGACGGAGAGAUCGUUCAAGGUCACCAAAAUACAGACGAGACGAACGAAGAGAAGAAGAAAGACACAAAACAGUACAAAGAUACGAAACAAAAAAGAAACGACGCGAUAGGUCGUCUAGUGUGGAGCCAAACCAAAAACAAUCAAAGUCACACAAGGACAAAACGAAGAAAAGCACAAAAAGAAGCAAUUCAGACAGCGAACAAGACAGAAAAAAGAAGAAAAAAUCGAAGAAAAAGAAGAGAUGUAGCAGUAGUUCUGACUCAUAAUUUUAAUAUGGCUGUCAAUUAUGUAAAUAAAGUUUUUUAAGUCUUGA